UUAUCCAAUGAUAAUUUAUUUAUAAUUCUAUUUGUAUCAACUGUUAGGAAUCAAUAGAGAAGCAAAUUGUCUUAACAGCAGAAGUGACAGAAAGAAACGAAGUAGUAACGUCUCUGCAAAAGCAAGUAGCUAUGUUACAAGAGCAAUGUCGUUCUACAAACAUGCAAAUUCAUUUUAAAGAAGGCAUUAUUAAAGAAAUGCGAAGAAAAUUAAGACAAGCUAAGUUUCUAUAUUCUAACUUCUUUCCUUAUACUUGUAAUCGUUAUGACAAAGUUACUAUUGACAAUCAAGAAAUGGAAUCUUUUUAUAAAUUAUGUGAGAAAAUUAUGAUACCAAAAAUGAUGUAUACAUCUGCUGAGCACAAUAAUGAUUCGUUUUUGCAAACUUACAUUAACAAUAUUUUAAAUCAUAAUAAAUUAACAAAAGAUGUAUCUAUAAUGAAAACAAAACACAAUAAUUUAAAAACAAAAAUAAUAAAUUGUCAUAAGAAUACUAAAUAUAAUAAAAUUGAUAUGCAUAAGAGUUUUCAUGAUAUUGAUAAAAAGAUCUUGAAAUAUAGCAAAAAGCUACCAUCUGUUAAUACACACAAACAAUUAUUAAACAACAAAGAUACUUCUAUUUUCGAAAAAUCUGAAAAUUAAUGUACGUUUUUCAGUAGAUAUAAUAAUUGAAAUGUUAAAUCAUUAUUUUAACAUUUAGUUUAUAAGUUAUUAAUAAUAUAUUAUAUAUUAUAUGUAAAGUUGGUCCCUUUUAUAUUAUAUUUCAAUAUGAUUGCCUUUUAUUUCUAACAUUUACAUCAAAAUAAUUAAUAUUUCAUUUGCAUUUAACAUAUUU